GAGGCGCAGCACCGUCGCCGCCGCCGCUGUCUGCGCUGGAGAUCGCGGCUCGGCCCAGGCGGCGCCCGGCUCCCUGCCCCUCGGCCAGCCCGCGCGCCUGUCCGCCCGCCCCGCCGGCUUCCGCCUCCCGCCGCAGCCGCCGCAGCAUCCACGGCGCCGCUGCUCGCCCUUCAGAUCAAUUUGCAGGUAUACACAAUUAGGUUACACUGCUUGCAUUCAUAAGGAGCAAUCAUGGCACAGGAUGCUGGGUAGAGGUUUUGCUGCUUCAGUUCUUCUACUUGCUUGGAAAACAGCAAAAGAAGAAAAUUAAGGAGCCAGCCCUGGAAUUUACCCAGAUAGCCCCAACAAGGUCAGUAGACUGUGUCCCAAGGAGAAAAGCUGCAGGCGUCCAAGGAUAAAUCACUGCAGGACAGCUUUGAGCAGAAAGCCAACUAGAAGACUUAAAGGCUCCAAGGUAGAAGUGAAACCUGAUUCAUGAAAUGGAAUGAAGCUGAGAAGUCAUCUACUUCUUCGUGACUCUGAGAGAAGAUUGGGAUGGUCUUAAGUGCACGCAACUAGAUCUAACUGCAGAGAUGAGUUCAGAUGAGAAGGGCAUAGCCCCUGCUCACAAAACGGCCACCCCAACCCACAGAAGUGUCUCCUCUUCAACGUCCUCCCAGAGGGACAGUAGGCAGAGUGUCCACGUUUUGGAGAGGACUGCUUCCUCUAGCACUGAGCCCUCUGUAAGUCGGCAGUUGCUGGAACCAGAGCCGGUCCCCCUCUCCAAGGAAGCUGACAGCUGGGAAAUUAUAGAAGGGCUGAAAAUAGGCCAAACCAAUGUCCAGAAACCAGACAAACAUGAAGGCUUUAUGCUGAAGAAAAGAAAAUGGCCUUUAAAAGGCUGGCACAAGCGUUUCUUUGUCCUGGAUAAUGGAAUGUUAAAGUAUUCAAAGGCACCACUUGAUAUUCAAAAAGGGAAGGUCCACGGGAGCAUAGAUGUUGGACUCUCGGUCAUGUCAAUUAAAAAGAAAGCUCGAAGAAUAGACCUUGACACAGAAGAACACAUCUAUCAUCUGAAGGUGAAAUCCCAGGACUGGUUUGAUGCAUGGGUCUCCAAACUGCGCCAUCAUCGGUUAUAUCGUCAAAAUGAAAUUGUGAGGUCACCAAGAGAUGCCAGCUUUCACAUAUUUCCUUCAACCUCCACGGCUGAAUCCUCCCCAGCUGCUAAUGUUUCCGUUGUGGAUGGAAAGAUGCAGCCAAACAGCUUUCCAUGGCAGUCCCCUUUACCAUGUAGCAACAGCCUCCCUGCCACCUGCACAACUGGCCAGAGUAAGGUGGCAGCCUGGUUACAGGACUCAGAAGAGAUGGACAGGUGUGCAGAAGAUCUUGCACACUGCCAGUCAAACCUGGUGGAACUUAGCAAACUCCUACAAAAUUUGGAAAUACUUCAGAGAACUCAGUCAGCACCUAACUUUACUGACAUGCAGGCUAACUGUGUAGAUAUUUCAAAGAAAGACAAGCGGGUCACAAGACGAUGGAGAACAAAAAGUGUCAGCAAAGAUUCAAAAAUACAACUACAGGAAGGGCCACCUACGAAGGGCCAGUUCAGCACAACUCGGCGCCGGCAGAGGCUAGCGGCAGCAGUGGCUACAACAGUUCCUUUCAGUGCCACCAUGUCACCAGUUCGUUUGCAUUCCUCCAACCCCAACCUUUGUGCAGAUAUUGAAUUUCAGACUCCCCCUACCCACCUCACUGACCCUCUAGAAAGUUCAAUGGAUUAUACAAAGCUGCAAGAAGAAUUCUGUCUGAUUGCACAGAAAGUGCAUUCUCUUUUGAAGUCUGCCUUUAAUAGCAUUGCUAUAGAGAAGGAGAAACUGAAGCAAAUGGUUUCUGAGCAGGAGCACAGUAAAGGCCACAGCACGCAGCUGGCUCGACUCCGACAGUCACUGUCCCAGAGCGAAGGAGCGUGCAAAUCCUGGGCACUCAACCAGAAUGCUGAACUAAGGAGUCGGUUGAACAGAAUACAUUCAGAGUCUAUUAUUUGUGAUCAGGUUGUCAGUGUAAAUAUUAUUCCUAGCCCUGAUGAGGCUGGUGAGCAAAUCCAUGUCAGUCUCCCCCUGUCACAGCAAGUAGCCAACGAGAGCCGCCUCUCCAUGUCAGAGUCUGUCUCUGAGUUCUUUGACGCCCAGGAGGUGCUCCUCUCGGCAAGUUCUUCCGAGAAUGAGGCUUCAGAUGAUGAGUCUUACAUCAGUGACGUGAGUGAUAAUAUAUCUGAAGACAACACCAGUGUUGCGGACAAUAUUUCUCGGCAAAUCCUGAAUGGGGAGCUUACAGGAGGGGCCUUCCGGAACGGACGUCGAACGUGUCUGCCAGCUCCUUGUCCUGACACCAGUAACAUUAACCUGUGGAAUAUCUUGAGGAACAACAUUGGUAAAGACCUGUCCAAAGUCUCUAUGCCUGUGGAGCUAAACGAGCCCCUCAACACUCUGCAGCAUCUCUGCGAGGAAAUGGAAUACAGUGAGCUUCUGGACAAGGCUUCGGAAACUGAUGACCCAUACGAGCGCAUGGUUCUCAUUGCUGCAUUUGCAGUGUCGGGGUACUGCUCCACGUAUUUCCGAGCAGGAAGUAAGCCAUUCAACCCAGUCCUGGGGGAGACUUAUGAAUGCAUCAGAGAAGACAAGGGAUUCCGAUUUUUCUCAGAACAGGUUAGUCAUCAUCCACCCAUUUCUGCCUGUCACUGUGAAUCAAAGAAUUUUGUGUUUUGGCAAGAUAUCAGAUGGAAAAACAAGUUCUGGGGAAAGUCGAUGGAAAUCCUGCCUGUUGGAACACUGAAUGUCGUGCUUCCGAAGUACGGAGAUUACUAUGUGUGGAAUAAAGUCACCACAUGCAUACACAACAUCCUCAGUGGGAGACGGUGGAUAGAGCAUUAUGGAGAAGUAACCAUUAGAAAUACCAGAAGCAGCGUCUGCAUUUGCAAGCUCACAUUUGUCAAGGUGAAUUAUUGGAAUUCAAACGUGAAUGAAGUCCAAGGGGCUGUGAUAGGGCAGGAGGGGAAGGUGGUGCACCGGCUGUUUGGGAAGUGGCAUGAAGGGCUUUACUGUGGCGUGGCCCCCUCUGCAAAGUGCAUCUGGAGACCAGGGUCCAUGCCAACUAACUAUGAGCUCUACUAUGGCUUCACAAGGUUUGCUAUUGAGCUCAAUGAAUUAGAUCCGGUACUAAAAGAUCUCCUUCCACCGACAGAUGCUCGUUUCCGGCCAGAUCAAAGAUUUUUGGAAGAAGGAAAUUUAGAAGCUGCAGCAGCAGAGAAGCAGAGAGUAGAGGAACUCCAGAGAUCUCGAAGACGAUACAUGGAGGAAAACAACCUUGAACAUAGACCAAAAUUUUUUAAAAAAGUUAUUGAUGCCAAUCAAAGAGAAGCCUGGGUCUCUAACGACACCUACUGGGAACUUCGAAAGGACCCUGGGUUUAGCAAAGUAGACAGCCCUGUCCUUUGGUAAACUGGGAACGUAAAGCUAGGCACAUAUCACACUCUGAAUGAAUAAAUAACUAUGCACAAUUA